CUCAGCCUGUCUCCUCAGUUGUGGAGCAGCUAAUUGAGAAUAUAGCUGCAGCUGGGAGAACCAAGCCCCACCAGCUCAGACUCUUGGAAAAGCAAGAACAAGCCAAGAGACAGCAAAGAAAAAACAGCAACAUCCUCGUAAAACAAGGACUUGACACACCAAAAACCUCCCCCCAAAUUACACUAAACAGCAAACAAACAAACCAAGCAGGACAGAAGCAUGUCAGGAGCAGAGAGAUACAUGGAUGAAUGCUACAGUCACCCAGCUUUACUCCAGGUCUGCACACAAGAAGUUGAAAGUAGCAGUGGAAGUUUAAAGGUGCAGAGGAUGUGCGCCUCUAGGCGGAUACUGCUGCUCGCACUCACCUUCCUGGCAUACACGGUGGACUCCACGUUGGCAUAUGGCACUGCUGAAACGCUCUGUGGUGGGGAACUAGUAGACACACUGCAGUUUGUCUGUGGGGACAGGGGUUUCUACUUCAGUAGACCCGUGGGACGAAAUAACAGAAGAUUCAACCGUGGCAUAGUGGAGGAGUGCUGUUUUCGGAGCUGCGACCUUGCUCUUUUGGAAACGUACUGCGCAAAGUCUGUUAAGUCUGAGCGGGACCUCUCGUCCUCUUCUCUUGUGGUCCUACCAGCACUAAGCAAGGAUAGCUUUCAAAAACCUUCACAUGCCAAGUACUCCAAAUAUGAUGUGUGGCAGAAAAAGAGCUCACAGCGCCUACAACGGGGAGUUCCCAGCAUCUUCCGCGCUCGCAGGUACCGGUGGCAAGCCGAAGGGCUGCAAGCAUCUGAUGAAACCAAGGUGCAUCGUCCCCUCAUCUCCCUGCCCAGCCAGAAGCCCCUGGUAGUGCAAGUUUCCUCAGAAACAUCAGGCAACCGGAAAUGAACUGUGAAAUGGAUUCUAUUUUUUUUUUAAAUCUCCUGGGGGGACUUUUGAGGCCUAACUUCCCUAGCCCUUAGCCCUCUUGGCUGUGAAGCAAGAGGGAUAUUGCCUUUCCACCCAGAAGCAAUAAAAAGGGGGCACUGUAACGCCAAUUUAAAGAGAACCAAACAACUGACAUAGUGAGAAGGGGAUUACAGCAUUGUCAGCAACAACAUAAUUUCUGUGGCAUUGUCCUUUAAGCAUUAAAGUGGUUUUUUUUUAAACUUCUGUUUUGUUUUGUUCCCCUAUCUACCCAGUAUUUUCAAGCCCAUACUUAAAAGGGACCGUUUGGCACUUGAACUAUUUUAAUAUUGGGCAGGGCAUGACAUCCCACAUGCCAGCAGCAGAAGGCAAAAGAAAGAGCAAGAGCAAGAAAAAAAAGAAUAUGAAAUUGAAAAACAGAAGAGUCCAUUCCAUGUCUUUCUUGACAAUAAAGUGAAAAAAAAUGGGGCAAAAUUUAUUUGGAGGGGUUACAUUUUUUCUCAUUCCCACCCCACUUUUUUCUUUGGUAUUUUUUCUUAUUUUUGUAAAGAGCAAUUUUUUUUUGCACCUUUACUUAAAAAAAAAAAAAAAAAAAAAAAGUAACUGAGAAGAAAUUCCAAGAAGACCCAUCUGAAUUUAUGUGUGUGUAUGUGCUUAAUUACAAGAUUCCAAAUCGACUUGCACCUUUUUAAAAUCACGGAUGAAGUGUGAGAAAGAGGUAAAGGAAAGGGGGAAAAAUAAAAAAGAGGAAGUGAACUGAUGUUCACUUUAAAUAGAGGAGGCGUCUGCAUUGCACAUUUGCCACGGAUUUAGUUGAUUUAUAUAUAUAAUAUAUAUAACUUUUUUUUGGCAAAAAGCACUAUUUUUAUGGGACAAUUUUUGUGUAGUAUCUGAAGAGGGAUUGUAAUGUUUAAAAUGUGUUAUGGUGCUAAAGUAAGUUGGAAGGGGGGAAAAACCCAGAAAUAGCAGGGGGUGGGGUGGGAAGGGAAGGACAAGAUAUUCAAUACUGAACUUGAAAUUGUAGCUUUUCGUUUUAGGAAAAGUGUGAUAAAUGUGUUUCUUUUCUCUUCUGAAAUAUAGCUUGGUCAUGACCAUAUGAGCUAGUUGGUUGUCACUCACAUACACAGAUGCACGCACAUGCAGAAAUACGUCUAUACGCAUUUGUUUAGAUCAAAAGGGAAUUUUUUGAAAAAAGAUAAACUAUUCUGAUGUUGUUAAGAUAUCCGAGUUACAACUCUAGGCCCCUAUUCUGCAAGAAUUUAGGCCUGGGCUUAACUUCUCACCCUGAGUGUAGUUCCAUCAACUUCAACGGGACUACUAAUAGCGUGGAAAGUUAGGCGUAAGCUUUUGCAGGAUUAGGGCCCUAGCAUUCACAUCAAGGUUUGUGUGUCAUUCAUGGAGUCCUUUUUGGUCUCCCUCUACCACCUUCUCUCUGACCUUAAGGCUCACUGAGGCCCCAGAGGCGUCCAAUGGGACUAUUCCCAUGUUUGAAGUUGGGCACAGUAUCUUGCUGAAUCAAGGCCUGCAUGAGUUUCCUCAGAAGCAAUAGCUCCAUGACUAAUCAUCUCCUCAUCCCGCUCCUUCCCUUGCCUCCUCCCUUUUCAAAGGGGUAGGCGCAGACUCUACUCCACUGUGAUCCCCUUAUACCAUUCCAGGACAGGUGGGCAGAAUGGUCCCUCAGGGAAUAUCCCCAGCCUAAGGGGUAGAGCUGGCAAAAUGAUUCUGUACCAUCCUUCCUAACAAGCCUGGUAUAGGGAGGAUGGCAUAGAGAGGCUGCAGUCAGAGCUCGCUGCACUCUGGUUAUUUUCACUUUAGGGGACCAUGGAAAGUCUGAGUGUAACUUAGAGCACUAGGCUGCUCUGAUUAACACGGGAGAUGGGGCAAGACCCUGAGACAGCCACAUAAUUCCAGAGGUGCAAAGGUGGCUUUUUUGCGCCUAGUGCAGAAUCAAAGCUGAUGCCUAGAUGGGAGAGAAAAGCCAAUUAGUUUGCCAAGGCUCAACACUGGGUGAGCAAACAGGUGUGUGAGGUGGGUCGAGGGCUGUAAAAUAGGUUGGUUUAAUAUAUAUAUAAAAUCUGUCUAGGAACCAUAAAAAGGGGGAAAUCAACUACAUUUCCCUCAGAUAUAUUCUCACUUGCUAAUAAGAUGGGGACACUCUGUUAACCAGUCCUGUACUUGCUUUGCCUUCUAUAGCCAGACAUUUAAAACUUUUUUUUUUUUAAAGAGACUACUUGAAUUGUAUUCUAUUUUGUGGUUUGGGGAGCGAGUGGGAGGGGCUGAGAACGGGGAGGAUAUUAAUGUAUAAUCCUUUUGUUUAUUAAUAUUACCUUGCAACGUUGAGCCACGAAGCCUUUGUUUUUUAAAAAAAAUGGCACUGCAAUAUACAACAAAAAGUAAAUCCUUUAUUUAUUUUAUUAUUAAAUAUAUAUGAAAGAAAACUAAAAUUGGUCCAAAUUUAAAAGGUGGUCUGGGAGUGGGUGGGGAAGGCACAGAGCAAGUGCAAAGAACUGAUUUUUCUUAUUGUGUCUCUUUAAAAACAUAGUUUUUAUUUUUAAAAAGAGGGGGAAAUGGAAAAAGCUUUCCUGGAUGCUUUGUACCAAAAAUAAAUAUUUUUUUUAAAGUGGAAAAUACCUAUUAAGCAAGUAAAUAUCCAUCUGGAAUAUGAAGCAUGCCUUUUUUCUUUUUACUUUUAUUUAUUUUUGUUAUUGGGGAAGGGGUGGGGAGAAAGUUUUGCCAAGGGACAAUAUUCAUAAAGGCACAGAGGAAAAUUCUUUAAAUAUCCUCUCUUUUGGCUCAAUCCUGCAAGAUACUACAUACACUCUGACCCUGAUGUAGCAAAGCACUUAAGUGUGCACCUAACUUUAAGCAUAUGAGGAAUCCGAUUGAAGUCAAUUGAACUCACGCAUAUUGUUAAACAUAUGCUUAUGUGAUUUUCUCGAUCCCGCUGAUGGGUUUUGCUAGGAUUCAGCAUGUCACAAGUUUUGGCCCUUUCUAAGGACCCAGUAAUAGCUGGAGUUCUGGCUCACAAGAAAAGAUAGGCCUAAGGCACAAAAGUUCAGACUAAGAUUUGAACUUCCAUGUGGUUUGGGGUCUUGAAUAUUGUGGGCCUCUCUGUAGUUUUGUGGAUCGAGGUCCCAGUUGCUGCUUUGCACCUUGUGUAGUCAUUUGCACCAGUACAAAGUAGAGGUAAAAUGCUACCGCUCUCAUUUGGUUGCAGUUUCCACCCAUGCAUAAAGUGUAUGCAGAUGACGAUAAAAGCCAAUGGUGCAUCAGGUCCUUGGGUCCCAGUCCAGCAAGAUACUGACACACAUGCCUAAGUGAGUGUGUGCACAGUCCCUUUGACUUCAGUGGCAGUACUGUACUUGCAUGCUUAACACUAAGCCAUUUGCUUAGGAGCCUUGGUGAAUCCAGCCCUCAGUCUCCAAGUGGAGAAAGGCUCAUGAACUUCAAAACUGGAGCCAGCAGUUGAAGUACUAGAAAAGGCUUUUAUUUGAUUUUUUUUUUAAAUAUGCCGUAAGAGUGGAUUUUCUGAGAGGUAUUAUUCCUCUUGUCCUUUAUGAAUAUUCAACCAGGUUUUCAUUAACAUUCACCCACGAGUAAGGGAAAGUGGAUAUUUUUCAGCCAUUUGGUUUAACUGUACCAAAAGACAUUUCUAAAGGCUACAGCGACUGCUUACUUGGUUGCUGUUCCUUGUGUGAGUUGCCACAGGCUCAGUUCCUCCAUGUUAGAGGGACUUUUUUAAUGCUUCAGUGCUGAAACUCAGCAGCACUAUAGAAAUGGCUCAGCGCACAGACCUUCUCUCCUGCACUGUGUGGGCUGUUUACUCCAUGGUAGCUCUAGGGAAUAAGGGAAAGUUUUAACGCUUUCCUUGCUUCAGAAAGAGGGCUAAGGCAUCUAGAGAUGCUACAGAAAGAACCUAAAACUUCAACCAAACCUUUUCCUAUCUGCGGUGCCUGGUUCCCACUGGGAGCAUGAGCAGAAGUGCUGGAACUACCAAAAAAAAAAACCCUUUGGUAAGGUUUCCAGCUCUGUAUUGAAGAUGCGAGAGGUUUGGUUCAGGUUUUGAGUAAACAUUCAAACUCAGCCUUUGAAGUCUGGCCCAUCGCUAACUGCAUGUAGCAGGUGGAGCUGUGAUGUAACACAGGAACUAAAAGGGGGUCCUGCAGCCCUAAUUUGAUCAAAAUCUUCGAGUUAAACAAAAGGAUCGGUAGGUGUUUCUCCUUUUGGCUGGUUCACUUCACUUGGCCAGAAAGACUGAACAGGUUAAGCUCCAUGUGGAACUGGGCAAUGCCUGGUACCUUUAAGGAGUGAAUGACUUACCCUUUUCUGACAUCUUAUGUUGCCGGGGGCUUCUGUUUAGGGCAUUGGACCAAUUGGGCUAAGCUAUAGAAAUAUUUUCUCAUCAGUAGUGUGGAUGGGGUUGGAGUCAAGAUCCUGCAAGUGAGAACGAGAGGGAUUUAAAAUCCUAUUUAGUAUCUUAGCAGGUAGAAGUUCUCUUGUUAGUCCCACUAUCUGAUUCACCGUAUCCCUGUACCUUGCAGAGCACUGAGGUCUGCUCCAGGUUUCAUUGGUGUAAACAAAGUCAAUGGGUUUAUACCAGUAGAACCGAUCAGAAUUUGUCCUUGUCGGUUAACUAACUACAACAGCUAUAGAUCAGGUAAGGGGCCACAUUUGCUUGUAUGGAAAGAACCAACCUAGUUAGAUGACUCAAAGACUUGAACACCCAAUUCCCAUUAAUCGUUUGAAAACCUUUGACUAGAAGCUUAACCCAAUUGAUCUAAGUCUGUCCCACUGAUGACGUGUCUCACACAGACUUUCCAUGUGGAACUGUGCUAAUUCAGACAGUGCUUCAGAGAGCAGAGGGCAGGGGAAGGACAAUUUCACAGCUUUUUGUUUCAGCAGAGCAUCUGAAACUGCCAGCGCAAUAUGGGCUUAGUGGAAUUCCUCUGGUGCCACAGAAGUAACCACAAAAAUCAUUUCUCUCCUCCCAUCCCAUUGCCAUUCUGGAUGAUGAUUUUAGGUAUUGCUUCUCUGUAGGUUUGCAGGGGGAAGCAGGGCCAGCUGUUUUCACAAUAAACACCUUUGUUGGGGUUCAUUUUCAGCAUGAUACACUGGGAUUUUGGGGGUGCAACUCAUUUAUGGAAGUGGCACAACUAAUUCUUUGGCUGCAGUGUUUAAAGCGUAUAAGUUAGUGUCUCUGCAUUUGGGGAAAAUCACUUUUUCUUUGUAUACAUUAUUUUAUGGCUUGUUUGCUGGAAAACACCAGAGCUGUUCUUCCAACCUUCUGUGCAUAGCAAUAGCACUUUAGGGAUGGAGCAGGGCCCCCAACUGGUUCCAUUGUCUUAGUAUCGCACAAUAGCUUCAUCCACUUCAUCCUGCCUGAUCUCAAAGGCUCAGUCUUUUGGUGAUGGACCUAGCUGCCUCUGCACUAAAUGAAGGGAAGAAUUGUAUUUGUUGUUUAAAAAACUGGUUUUGUCAUUGUAUGUAUUACUGUCCGCUAAUGUUUUAUAUGGUGGGGGGUGGGAGGGGCGGGAAGGGUAUUAAUGUAUCUUGAAUCAUUUCACUUGUGUGCACUCAGCCUAAUAUGCAAGACUCAAACUGCCCGGAUUCUGCACCUAUUGUACUUUUCAUUUGUAUCAAUAAAGCAAUCAGUUAUAAUGUC